ACUUAAAUCCGGCAGACCAUGCCACACGAGCGUUGCCCGCUGAGCAGCUCUCCAGCUCCACCUGGCUCAGAGGCCCAGCUUUCCUCUCCAGGUUGGACCAAAGUCAAGUUCGAAGUCAAACCUUCGAUCUCAUAGACCCAGAGACUGACUGUGAGUUGCGUCCUGAGGUAACAACUUGCACUACCACCCUAUCAAAAGGCCAGUUUAAUAGUGCCAGAUUUGAAAGGUUUUCAAGUUGGAAGGUGCUGCAAAAGGCUAUUGCCAAACUCCAACAUAUAGCUCAAUCAUUCAAGAACAACUCUGAGGUUUCCUGUCGUGGCUGGCACAACUGCAACAAACAUUUAACUGAAAAGUCACUGCAACUAGCCAAGACCACGAUCAUUCGCACCGUUCAAAGAGAGGUCUUCGCAGAAGAUAUUGGAUGCAUUGAAAAAGGCACAGCUCUAAAAAACUCAAGUCCACUCAGCAAACUGAAUCCAUUUGUUGACACGCAAGGGCUCCUUAAAGUUGGAGGCCGACUAAAGAAAGCACAGUUGUCUGCAGAAGAAACCAAUCCCAUACUAAUCCCUGGAAAGCACCAUCUUGCUCAGCUCAUAAUAAGACACUUUCACGAAAAAUUAUGUCACCAGGGAAGGCAUUUCACGGAGGGAGCAGUCAGAGCAGGGGGCUUUUGGAUUGUGGGAGGAAAAAGAGCAGUAAGCAGUGUGAUUUUCAAGUGCAUCACAUGCCGCAAAUUAAGGGGCAGGCAACCUGAACAGAUCAUGGCUGAGCUACCUGAAGACAGGCUGUCCACGGACCCUCCUUUCACAAAUGUAGGCCUUGAUGUGUUCGGUCCCUGGUCCGUUACAGUGAGAAAAACGCGUGGUGCUAAUGCAGAUGCUAAAAGAUGGGCAGUCAUAUUCACCUGCAUGAGUACACGUGCAAUUCAUAUUGAAGUGAUUGAGUCAAUGGACACAUCGUCAUUCAUUAAUGCACUGCGUCGUUUCUUUGCCAUCCGAGGUGGUGCCAAACUCUUGAGAUCUGAUUGUGGGACAAAUUUUGUGAGUGCCUGCAAAGAGCUCCAAAUAGACAAACUAGGCUGUCACAAUGACAAAAUAGGCACAUUCUUGAAAGACAGUGCGUGCAAAUGGCAGUUUAAUCCUCCACAUGCAUCCCAUAUGGCUGGUUCCUGGGAACGCAUGAUCGGCGUCACCCGAAAAAUCCUCAAUGCAAUGCUCCUUGAACAUCCAUAUGGGAAGCUCACACAUGAAGUACUCGUGACAUUGUUAGCUGAAGUCACCGCAAUUGUAAAUGCACGCCCACUAACAGCUGUUUCUACAGAUCCCGAAAACCCAGUCAUUCUUACUCCUGCGAUGCUACUCACGCAAAAGGUUGGCACACCACCGAUUCCACCAGGGCAGUUUCAGUCCGGUGACCUAUUCAAAGCCCAAUGGAAGCGCGUGCAGUACUUAGCUAAUGUUUUCUGGAGUCGUUGGCAGAAAGAAUACAUCGCAGGCCUGCAGGUUCGUCACAAGUGGAAAAUAAAAAAGCCGAACCUUCAAAUGGGCGACGUUGUUUUAAUGAGGGAGUCUCUGGAACAUAGGAAUAAUUGGCCACUCGGACUGAUCACAAAAUCUUUCCCAAGUGAGGACGGUAAUGUCAGAAAAGUUGAGGUUAAGAUUUGCCGAAACAGCGAGAAUAGGUUUUACAUUCGCCCAAUUCGUGAAGUUGUGCUUUUGAUGUCUAAGGAUAGCAUGUAAAACGAGUUAUUGUUGUGUAUCGUUCAUUAGUUAAGGGCUGACAUCUUGCAGAUGUCAGGCGGGGAGUGUUAUGUCCUCUGGUCUUAUGUUGACUACUUUUUGGGUUUAAUUUCUUUCUAAGAUUGUACAUUGUUCAUCCGUCCACAGGAUGUCGCUAUUGUAACUCUGACUUUGCAGUUUUUCUUUGGUAUUGCUGUUUGCGCUCGGCUUCCCCUAGUGGCGACUUGCUGUAAGCAGCAGGCAGAAAGAACUUUUUAUUUCAGUUGGAAAAGAGGCCUUGAGGUGUUAAGACGUUACACACCUCCUCUGCACCAUACAUCGUUGGGAACCCUUGACAAAACAAAAUCUGUUCAAAACACUGAAUUGGAAGUCCAUCUAAUAAUACGAUGGCAGAGCCCAACUUCCCACCACUGCCAGGCUUUAUUCCGCUCAAGCCGUGCUUCUAUCAGGACUUUGAAGAGAUCCCUGAGCAGCACCGCAGUUUGUGCAAGAAAAUGUACCACCUGUGGAUGUUAAACGGUGCAACGCUCGCAGUCAAUCUGGUGGGCUGCUUCGCAUGGAUGUUCGGAGGAGGGGGCGUGACCAACUUUGGACUGUCAAUCAUAUGGCUGCUCAUGUUCACACCCUGUUCGUACGUGUGCUGGUUCCGGCCCAUUUACAAGGCUUUCCGGAGUGACAGCUCGUUCAACUUCAUGCUGUUCUUCUUUGUGUUCAUGGCUCAAGUGGGCAUCAGCAUCAUUCAAAGCAUUGGCAUCCCUGGAUGGGGAGUGUGCGGCUGGUUGGCCACUAUCUCCUUCUUCAGUUACAAUAUUUUGAUUGCUUUGAUUAUGUUGGUGCCUACUGUCAUGUUCACCGCCGUCGCCUCGCUGUCCUUCAUUGCCCUCACUAAGAUCCACAAUUUCUACCGCGGGAGUGGAGGCAGCAUGACCAAAGCUCAGGAGGAAUGGACAACAGGGGCCUGGAAGAACCCUCAUGUCCAGCAGGCCGCCCAGCAGGCAGCCAUCGGGGCAGCAAGCGGCGCCAUGCAGGAUCAGUACUCGGCGCCGCAGUACAACGACAACCAGAUGUAAAAUGCUAACAUCAGGGUCAAAGAUGGAGCAGUCGCCUCAUUCUUCAGCUCAAUCAAGUUUGAGCCAAAGGUGUCAGCUUGUUUUCAAGCUAAACUCAUAACUUAAACCCUAACUUUAACUGUUAAAGUUUCAUAACUUAAAAAUGUAAAAAUGUUUUCAUUUUUUAUUUUUUGAAAUGGUACUAGAAAAAAAACAGGGUGUCUAGUUUUAAAUAUAUUAUUUUGAGUACCGUAUGUUACUGUGUAUUUGUGUUUAUGACUGAUUGUGAACUUAUAGCAAUUGCAUCAACCAAAGAAGAGUUCAUGUUUAGUAGUAUUUUGCACUAAGGAAUGCUUGCAGCUGUAAGAUUGUUUGCUGUAACCUCAGAAUGAUUUCAUGAGAUUUCUAUGCAGUUUUUCACUUUUUUUAUGCUCUGAAUUUUAACGGUGUUGUCAUACUCCAAAGGGAAUAUUGUGACCUCACUGAAGAGAAAAAUAGUUUAUGAAUAUUGUCAAAAAGAAUAUGAGCGUUAAUUCCAAUUCCAAUAAAGUCAAUGUACUACAAAAGAUAAGGACAUUUUUUUUCAACAAAGAUUGCCAAAAAUGCUGGUUUUAAAAUAAAAAUGUCAAAAUAUUACAUGUUUCAAGAAAAAUAUUUAUAUGUUGUAAGAGUUAAGUGGUAGAAUUCUAAGGAAAAUAUUCUGAAAAAUAUUAUUGAUAAAACCUUGCAUUUUGAUCGAAAAGGUUAAGAUAAAUUGUGAAGAAGUAGGCAAGGGGGAAAACAUCUAAAUGAGUAUUUUUAAUAGACUAGAAAUAUGUAAUGUGGAGAAGAAAAAAAAGUCCUAAUAUACAUGAUAGAAAACCUAGAGUAUGAUGCGAAACAGUCAUAAAUUUAGGAGAGUAAAGUUUCAAUACUAUGGCAAUAAAGAAAUAUUUGGACACAGGAAUUGUUUUUAAUGGAAAAAAAUUAGCAUUACAAGAAAAAUGGAUUUGGUAUGUACAGUGGUCUGAAAAAGCAUCUGAACCUUUUGGAAUUUCUCACAUUUCUGCAUAAAAUCCAUAUCAAAUGUGAUCUGAUCUUUGUCAAAAUCAUACAGAUGAAAAAAUGAUCAAACAUUUAUAGGUUUUCAUAUUUUAAUGAGGAUAGUACGCAAACAAUGACAGAAGGGGGAAAAAUAAGCCAGUGAACCAUCACAUUUAUUAUUUUGUGGCCCCCUUUGGCAGCACUAACUUCAACCAGACGCUUCCUGUAGCUGCAGAUCAGUCGGGCACAUCGAUCAGGACUAAUCUUGGCCCAUUCUUCUCUACAAAACUGCUGUAAUUUAGUCAGACUCCUUGAAUGUCUGGCAUGAAUCGCUGUUUUGAUCAGCUCAUCAGCAACCUCUGCAGCAGCCUGAUGACGAUCCUGAUUAGUUGAUUCAGGUGUGUUAGAGGAGGGAAACAUGGAAAACAAGCUGGAUAGGGGCUCUCAAGGACCGGGAUUGGGCACCC